AUGUCCAGCGAGGAGGCAGCCAAUGGGAAGAAGUCUUACUGGGCUGAGCUGGAAAUAAGUGGUCGAGUAAGGAGUCUCAGCACUGCUCUGUGGUCUCUUACCCAUCUCACUGCCCUGCACCUCAGUGACAACUCCUUGUCACGCAUCCCGCCAGACAUUGCCAAACUACACAACCUGGUAUACCUGGAUCUCUCGUCCAAUAAGAUCAGGAGCCUGCCAGCUGAGCUCGGCAACAUGGUGUCUCUCAGGGAACUGCUUUUAAAUAACAACCAGUUGCGGGUUCUACCAUUUGAAUUGGGAAAACUAUUUCAGUUACAAACACUGGGAUUGAAAGGAAACCCACUUGCACAAGAAAUCAUGAGCCUCUACCAGGAGCCUGACGGGACACGGAGACUGCUCAACUACUUGUUAGACAAUCUGGCAGGAGCGAUAAAGCGCAGUGAGUUCUAUUCCCAGUCAUUAGUACCAACAGAGCAGCCUCCGGCUCGGUCGUGGAUUUCACUGCAGGAGCCUGAUCGAACACGGCCGUCAGCGCUGUUUUCAGUGAUGUGCUACAAUGUACUGUGUGACAAGUAUGCCACUCGUCAGCUCUAUGGCUACUGUCCGUCUUGGGCUCUGAACUGGGAGUACAGAAAGAAGUCAAUAAUGCAAGAGAUCCUCAGCUGCAACUCGGACAUCAUCAGUUUGCAGGAAGUGGAGACCGAGCAGUACUACAACUUCUUUUUGCCAGAGCUAAAAGAGCAGGGGUAUGAUGGCUUCUUCAGUCCGAAGUCUCGAGCCAGGACGAUGUCUGAGUCGGACCGGAAACAUGUGGACGGCUGUGCCAUUUUCUACAGAACGGAAAAGUUCAGUGCGGUACAGAAACACACAGUGGAAUUCAACCAGCUGGCCAUGGCUAACUCUGAGGGCUCAGAGGCCAUGCUCAACAGAGUCAUGACGAAGGACAACAUCGGGGUGGCUGUGCUACUCGAAGUGCGCAAAGAGAUGAUGGAAGUCUCCUCUGGGAAAUCCCUCCAUGGUAUGGAGAAGCAGCUGCUGCUGGUGGCCAAUGCUCACAUGCACUGGGACCCUGAGUAUUCGGACGUAAAACUGGUCCAGACCAUGAUGUUCCUGUCGGAGGUGAAGAACAUUGUGGACAAGGCCACACGCAGCCUCAAGUUAUCGUCUGUCUCUGGAGAAACUAAUGCCAUUCCCCUGGUGCUGUGUGCUGACCUCAACUCCCUCCCAGACUCUGGUGUGGUGGAGUACCUGAGCUCUGGUGGAGUGGACUGCACUCACAAGGACUUCAAGGAGCUGCGUUACAGCGACAGUUUGACCAAAUUUAACUGCAAUGGAAAGAACAGCACGUCCAACGGCAGAAUCACCCACGGCUUCAAGCUAAAGAGCGCCUACGAGAACGGCCUGAUGCCUUAUACCAACUACACCUUUGACUUCAAGGGUGUCAUUGACUACAUAUUCCACUCCAAGCCUCACCUGAACGUGCUUGGGAUCCUCGGACCCCUGGACCCCCACUGGCUGGUUGAGAACAAUGUGACGGGAUGUCCGCAUCCCCACAUCCCCUCUGACCACUUCUCCCUUUACGCCCAGCUGGAGCUGCUCCUGCCCAACACCCCCCCACAGGUCAAUGGGCUGCACCUGCCUGCGCGUAGCUACCCCCCCAUGGCACUGGAGGGACGACAAAACACAACCUGUAACAUAAACCUGCAGUGA